AUGACGACGAAUCCAGUAGAAAAUACAGGAGCAUCAUCAUCGAAUAAUAAAGAAAAGAAAAAGACAAUCUGCGGAGCCUGUGAAUCAGAGUUAGAACCUGAUCAUGCUGGAAUACAAUGUAUACAAGGCCAUCAUUUUUGUACGGAGUGCUCCAAAAAUAUCGUAAAAUUGUUUUUUUCCGACCCUCAUCUUUACAUCCCUUUACGUUGCGUUCAAUGCCACGUGGAUUUGAAUCCAAGCGUCUUCGAACGGCAAUUAACAGCUGACCAAUUUGACUUCUACGAUCAAAACAUGUUCGCCCUGGUCUACGUCAAAACACACAUCGGAGAAGAUGAACGAUUGGACAGUUGUCCAUUUUGUAAUUUUGCUGUUAUACAUAACCUAGACUAUCAGGGUUUCCUCUUUUGUGAACAUCAAGACUGUGGUAAAACGUCGUGUUUAGUUUGUCGGAAAGCUUUACCUCCAAUUCAAAGUGAUCACAUCAACGAUGAACAGGAAGUCGAAAUUUUCAAGCAUUUUACUUGUCAAGAGCUAGCAGAUGACAAGAGAGAAUUCGAUUCUGCAGUGGAAUUCGGUCAAAAAGUUCCAUGUCCCAGCUGUGGCCUGGCCGGUAUGAAAGAUGACGCUUGUACACACAUGACAUGUCCAACAUGUUCGCAAAUUUGGUGUUAUUUUUGCGGCAAACGAAUGGAAGAUUGCGAUAAAAAACCCGGUGGAACGAAUGGCAUCUAUGAUCACAAUCACAAUUGGCAUGCUAAUCCCAAUCGAUGUCCGAUGUACUUUACUCAAAUACAAGAUGUUGAUGAACGAUGGCCAGGUGAUGAGGAGCAAUGCUUGAUGAUAUUUCAUCGGAUUCGUUCGUUACGUUUGUUGCGUGAAUUUGUAAAUAAGCUCGGAAAGGAUCGCGUAGCGAAAUUUGAGAAGCAUUUCCACAUUUUGAAUUCAUGUGGCUUUACAAUGGAAGAAAUUCUUAAUGAAGACCUAACUCUUAUACGUGGAAGAGGAUGA